AUGGCACCCAGCCCAGCCCAGUCCACCCCAGCAGGGAGUAGGCAGCCCGCCCAGGGAGGAGCAAAGGAGAUGCUGCCUGUCCCCACAGCCCCAACUGAGACAAAAGGCUAUCGGGGUCAGGGGUGGCAGUUACAUCAAGAGCAGAGACCCAGGAGCACCACGAGCGGCAGAGUCAGAGCCCUGAGCCCUCAGCAGCAGGACGCCCUAAUCCAGGUGACUGAGAUGCCAUCCUGCAGGAAGCCCUGGCACAGCAUGGCAAAGGGGCUCCUUCUGGGUUGCCUCUUUACCGGCCUUCUAUUGCUGCUCUACUCGUACACUAUUGCUCCUUCUCAGGUUACCACAGCCAAGGCCCCAGAGCCAACCCGAUGUUCCUCUCCACCCACCUCACCUGCCAACAUCCCCAAAGGCUCUUGCUGGCCAAAGUUAGAUGUUGUGUUCAUGAAGACUCAUAAGACUGCCAGCAGCACCCUGCUAAAUAUCCUCCUCCGCUUUGGCCAGAAGUACAACCUCAAGUUCGCUUUCCCCAGUGGAUACAAUGACUUCAACUACCCCUCCUUCUUCAAGCGCAGCCUGGUGCACAACUACCAGCCUGGCGACUGCUUCAAUAUCAUUUGCAACCACAUGCGUUUCUCCUACUCUGAAGUGCAUAGCCUGGUGACCCCCAAUGCUACCUUCAUCACAGUGCUGCGGGAUCCAGCUCAUCUCUUCGAGUCGUCCUUCCACUACUUCGGCAUGGUGGUGCCUUUCACGUGGAGGCUCACGGGCCCCGACAAGCUGGCCAAGUUCCUGCAGGACCCCGACCACUAUUAUGACCCCAAAGGCUUCAACGCCCACUACCUCCGCAACCUGCUCUUCUUUGACCUGGGCUACGACAGCGGGCUGGACCCCCGCAGCCCCCAGGUGGAGGCGCACAUCCUGGAGGUGGAGCAGAGGUUCCACCUGGUCAUGCUGCAGGAGUACUUCGACGAGUCGCUGGUGCUGCUCAAGGAGCUGCUGUGCUGGGAGCUCGAGGACAUCGUCUACUUCAAGCUCAACGCCCGCCGGGCCUCCACCGUCCCGCGGCUGACGGGCGAGCUCUACCGGCGGGCCACCGCCUGGAACCAGCUGGACGCGCUGCUCUACCGCCACUUCAACGCCAGCUUCUGGCACAAGGUGGAGGCCUUCGGGCGGGAGCGCAUGGCCCGCGAGGUGGCCUCGCUGCGGCGGGAGAACGAGCGAAUGGAAAGGAUCUGCAUUGAUGGUGAGCAUGCAGUGGAUGCCAAGGACAUUGAGAAACCAUCACUGCAGCCCUGGCAGGCAAUGGGGGCAAAGACAAUCCUUGGUUACAACCUAAAGAAGCAUAUCAGUCAUCAGUACAGCCAGUUGUGCCGGAAGAUGGUGACCCCCGAAAUCCAGUACAUGACUGAACUUGGGGUCAACUUAUGGGUCACCAAAUUAUGGUGGUACAUCAGGAAAUUUCUGCAGAUUUGA